ACAUGUGCAAAUGUUUCCCACUAUUUCAAAAGCGGAAGUGUCCAAACUUUCCGAGCAGUUUUACUAUCACGCCUUUACAAUGGUGUUGAAACAUUCUCACACGCAACUCAAAGUUUUUGCUCGUCGCCAAUAUGAAAAUCGAUUCCUCGUCGCUCAAGAAACAGGCGGAGCGCGCCAUAGUAAACGCCUGUUCUACAACUAUUCACCUAACGAGCUUAGCUGGACACAUUACAAAUCCUCAGCAAGUUUCGUGAGUUCUUCAUCUGACAUUGCCAGAGCGAAGCGACAAGCUGGCCUCAGACACAUACACCUGUCCGGAAGAGAUAAGAGUUCUUUGAGUCCGACCCAGCAGGACGUGCAACCUGACAUUCCUAAAGUACGCAAGCUGUUCUUUGACACUCAUGCGGUGGUUCGGCUCCUUGAAGAAAAUGGCUUCACGACUCACCAAGCUGAAGCAUUGGUUAAAGUGCUCUUGAAGAUGACAAACUCCAACAUGGACACCAUUUAUAGUGACAUGGUAACCAAAGUACAGCAGGAGAUUAUGAUGCAACGUGUAAUGUCUCAAAUAGCAGCCUUAAAGAAGGACAUGAUCAUUCUGGAGAAAAGCGAGUUUUCAACGUUACUGGCAGAGAAUGAGAAAUUGAAGAUCCAACUAUUGCAGUUGAAAGUGCAGCUAUCUGAUGUGAUGAACAAAAUACGCUCAGACACCUUUUUAGACAUGAAUUUAGAGAAGAGCCGUGUGAAAGAACUGAAAGCAGACCAUGAAAGGAAGCUUUUGGAAACACGGAGUGAAAUUCUGGAAAUGACUGCCGAGCAAGACCGUCAUCUGACUCAGACUAACAUGAAAAUCGACACAGAAGUGGCAGGUUUGAAAACCAUGCUAGAGUCUCAUAAAUUGGACUCUAUAAAAUACCUCGCAGGUUCAAUUUUCACUUGUCUGACCGUGGUUUUGGGCUUUUAUCGAAUCUGGAUGUAAAGAGCUCUUUGACGGUGUGAUGUAACUAUUCAUUGGAGAGAUAUGUAUCUCUUGUCAUCAUUGACCAUAUCUUGAUGGACUCCAAGUCAGGCACAAUUCAUGGACUAAAGCAUAUUUCUCACUGUAAUGUUUGUUGGCAUUGGCCUGAGCACCCCGCCGCUGCUAUUGUAGGAAGGGUGUCUGUAUGCUAAAUCUAUUUUUCCGACUACUGUGGUGAUAAGAGCCGAACCUGUGGAUGGAUGAAUGCUCGUCAGCGUUGCACCCCUCAAAAAACGGCUGAAGUUGAAAAAUUUACAGUCUUUUAAUUUUCUAUUCUGCAUCAACGAAUUUUCACACACACUUAUAUUUAUAUUAUAAUGCCUAUUGUUUAUUUAAUUGUCAUUUGUGUCACAUUUGUGUAAUAAAUUGAGUUUUUAAUUCUC